CAGGAACUGAGUGUCGCUAGGCAUGCUGGGAUAACAUUCUCUGUAGCCACAUGGUUUACUCGUGUAGGGCUCAGGGGGACGUGGAGGGAGCUGAGUGUACAGCGGAGAGUGUAGAGAAUGCCACGAAGGGCCAGACAAGCAGAAACUGAAGAUGACGCCCCUACCCCUAACAAGUUACCCCAUCCCAACACACCACCCCUGGACUUCUCCUCACCGCAGAGCCUUUUUGAAAGCUUUAUCACACCAGUGACAAGGGAGGAAUUCUUCAGCUCUUACUGGGAGAAGAAGCCUUUGCUCAUCCAGCGCAGUGAUCCCGACAUAAAGAGUUCCUAUCAGUCUCUGUUCCCCAUGACAGACUUGAAACUGGCAUGUGGAAAAGGCAUACGCUAUGGGCGAGAUGUGAACUUGUGCAAAUGCAAAAAUGGGAAAAAAGUCCUGUUACCAAGACGUGGGAAAGCCACUUACCUGGAGAUAUUAAAAGACUUCAGGAGUUCCAGGGCCACCAUACAGUUCCAUCAGCCUCAGAGGUUUAAUGACAACCUAUGGCAGAUCAUGGAGAAACUGGAGUGUUUCUUUGGUGCACUAGUCGGGUGCAAUGUAUACAUCACGCCGUCCGGCUCCCAGGGCCUGCCCCCACACCACGAUGAUGUUGAGGUUUUUAUCCUUCAGGUAGAGGGAGAGAAGCACUGGCGUCUGUACGAGCCCACCAUCCAACUAGCUAGGGGAUAUGAUGUGACCCCGGCAGACAGGGUCACUACUCCCACUCAUGACAUCCUAUUAAAGGAAGGUGACAUGCUGUACUUUCCCAGAGGAACGGUUCAUCAAGCUGACACACCGGCAGACUCGCCGCACUCCACGCACGUGACCAUCAGCACCUACCAGAACACCUCCUGGGUAGACUACCUGCAGGACCUGAUGCCUGCUUUACUGCAAGAUACUGCAAAGGAUAAUGUGGAUCUAAGGAGGGGCAUUCCCCUGCAACAGCUACUGUGCUUGGACCCAAGUAGAGUAGGGGAUACCCUCAGUCAUCUUCUGUCCGCUAUAGCCAAGAGGAUAGAGGGCAGGUGCCAACUGCGGUCAGGUGAAAUGCUGCGCGACUUCAUGGGAAACAGAUUGCCACCUUAUCUGGACGUGGAUUCAAUGAAUCAAGAGAAAAAAGGAACUAAUGGGAAAUCAGAUGGUCCACCAAACCUUAACAGCUUGACCAAACUGAAGUACAGAGAUUAUGCAGCCAUCACUAUAGAUCACGUUCCAGAAACCGUGGACUCCUCAGAAGAGUUAAUGAUCUAUGUCUUCCACGCCUUAAAGAAUGAAAGGAAGACACACAUGGUGUCAGACACUGAAGAAAGCCCCCCUGUUACUGGUUUACGUUUCCCACUUUCUUACAUGGAUGCACUAAAAAAACUUUGGGAGAAUAACCCAAUAUGUGUUAAGGAUCUACCUCUAGAGGACGACCGUGACAAGGAGAACCUGGCUAUUUCUCUGUGGGCAGAGGGUUUAUUGGAGACUGUCUCAUCUAAGGCUUAAGUACCCAGCCUCUUCCUCUCUGCGUGGUAUCUAGUAUAUCACCAAGAGGACAUAAGUGAUCGCUCCAAGUAAAACCUGUUUACAGUUGCUACAGCCCAACCUCAACGGCCAUGUCAUUUUUAUACAUAUAUACCAAAAACUGGAUGGAAUAUAAGUUUUGCAGACAAUAUCGUGCCUUUCCACCCGAAUGGCCUCUUCUGGUCGUAAUGACCUGAGCAAUGGUGGGCUUGAGCUGUGCUCUAGGUAACCAGGUCAGCAGGGUUAAUAUGACAUUUCUGGAGAUAACGCUGACGUCAAUAGGAACUGGAUGUCCUUUUGUCGACACAGGGUUUCACUGCCUUAGAACGGAACUUAGUUUUUUUACUAUUGGCUUGAUUCUACUGCUCAUUUAUAUAUCGAGAGUGGAUUUGGUUAUUGUUGAUUAUUACAGUUUGUUAUAGAUUACCUUUGUGUGGAUUCCAUAUUAUAACAUUAUGCCUUCAAAUGGGCACUGCCACGUUUGAUAUGCCGUAGAAAUAUGUCAACAGCUUCAAAUGUUUAGGAUCACCGAUCGCUAGAAGGAGCCGGUAAACUUGUUUGCUAAGCACGUUCUCCUGCUGUAAGUCUAUGUAAAAGUUUUGGUUGUGCGGAGGGAGAAAUUCUUAGCUGCCUCUUCUCGCCGCUCAUUCUAGCUAUUGGUUGGGGUCUGAACACUUUGACGCCGACUGAUCAAAACUUUUGACUUGCCUAUAGGUACAAGUACACUUUAAUGCAACCCCCCUCCAAGAUCUUAAACAUAUACUAUGGCUAGGCAUCAUUGACUCCUAUAGAUCCUGUCAUAAACAAAAUCCUGUUAACAUCUAUAUAAAAACAGGAAUACUGAGUUAAAGCAGGGACCUGUAGCAAAAGGCAAAACACAGACCCAAAUUUUGCUAUUGUAAUUUUUUGCAGGGGAGCUGGAUGUUGGACCUCUACAAAACAAAUGUUGAUGGUCUACAACAGUGUUUUCUAUACAGUGUGUCUCUAGGUGUUGCAAAACUACAACUCCCAGCAUUCUGGGAGUUGUAGUUUUGCAACACCUAGAGAUGGGGUGUUUGGAAUACACUGGGCUACACUUAUUGUGUUCUACCUGGUGCAGACCAUGGCUGGUAUUUUUUCUGUGGUGCGCUCUGCAUAAAGCAUUAAAAGGGUAUUCCAGGAAAAAACGUAUAUAUAUAUAUAUAUAUCAACU